CGUCUCAUACACCAACACGCGCCCAUUUCCUUUUUUACAAGUCAACAUUAGAAAGGAUUCAUCGUCACCAGCAUAUCGAGAGAUAUGAGUAGUCGCGGUGGUAAAUUAGCACCAGAAGUAAACCGCUACAACGUGACUCCAGAAGAGUUAUUCGACCUGUUCGGAAAGUUUGGCCCAAUCCGACAGGUUCGCCAGGGCAUCGCCAACAACACGAAGGGCACUGCAUUCGUUGUCUAUGAAGACGUAAUGGAUGCCAAGCAAGCUUGUGACAAGCUAAACGGCUUCAACUUCCAGAACCGCUAUCUGGUUGUUCUAUAUCACCAGCCAGAGAAGAUGCUCAAGUCAAGAGAGGACCUCGAGGCCCGCCGGGAAAGUUUAGCUCAGUUGAAAAAACAGCACGGUAUCGAAUGACAAUUUGACGGGUCUGCGGCACGCCUUCAGACUUCCUCCAACGACUUGUCUGCAGGCCCGUCCUCACCUCCUACACCGACCGACGCCGCGUCACCGAAUACGAAGACGGUUCCCCGCAAGAACCCGUCCGACUUUGGCCAAAAACACUGCGUCCGC